GCGGCCGGGAGCGCCGGGCGGCGGGGUCGAGGCGAGAAGCGCCGGGCCGAGUUUGUCGCGGCACGGCUGGCGGCCUCUGUCUUCUCCUCUGCUCUCCCAACCUGCGUGUUUUCAGUUGAAACUUAAGGAGUGUGGAAGUGUCGGGAGGAGUGUCUGACCCGCUGCUCCUCCGGAAGAUGCAGGCUCUCCUUCGACGGGCGGGUAAGGACGAUCCGGAGCUGAACGUGAUACCUUCACAAGGGUACUGCCCCUACAUCGGAAUGAGUCGGUUUCUUGGCACACGUUCCUUCGGCGGUACUCUGCAGUAAUUUAUCCCUGGCCACCUUAAGGAAAGCUGAGCGGAGAAUGAGUCCUGCUCGCCGUCCUUGGGACAGCCUGUUUGCUUAAUGACAGUGACAGAGUCCUGCUGUCCUUAAGGAGGAGGCUGAUUAAAGCUUUCGGUCUCUUAUUUUAAGAGAAACGUCAAUUACAGUGGAGGUGUGACAAUGCCAAUUAUUAGGCUACGUUUAUGUGCCCCUAAAAAGAAUUUUCUUAGAAUGGAACAGUCUAGUUGAAAGGGAUGUACAAGAAUCAUUUGGCCCAACUGCUUCACUUCAGGGCUUGUAACGAGUUAAUGAUUUGUUCAUUGAACUUGCAAACACAGGAUGACUCAUGACUUUUAAGAGAAUCUUUAAACUUGCAAACACAGGAUGACUCAUGAUUUUUUAGACACAUGUGCUAUUGCUUAACAAGGCUUUUGAGUUUCAGGAAAAGGAACUGUAACUGUUUUCAGAAGAUAGAAGACGGCCUCCUAGCAACAAGAUAACACACAUUGCGAAACCCACAGGAUAACAGAAGAAAAGAACUGCAUAAAACAGGACUGGAAGACCGUAACCGUGCGGCAGUUGGCGGAGCGCAGACUCCCCUGUCGCCCAGCGCUGCAUUUGCUUAUGCCCCGCUUGCUGUAAUUAAUAAAAUUCUAAUUGGGACUAAAUCUUGAGUCGUGCAAUUUAUAACAAUUUGGUGCCGUGACUCGGAUGAGAAUGUUCCGGUAGAAUAGGAAUACUGGGGAGGCGCCCCACCUCAAGGUGGCCCCAGGAUCCCUGUAACCUACCCCGCUCUCACCGACGAACCUAAAACUCGGGACAUAAGCAAAGGAGACCGGUCGACCCUAUAAACUUUGUGCACAAAGGUCCGGACGAAGACGCAGGACACAAACAGCAAUAAGAACAGCUGAGAAGGGAUGGACUCACGCUAGCAGGAUCAAGGGCCCUGUAAGAGAACCAGCUACCGAGUGGAAAGUUGUCAGCUCACCAGGAAGCCUGAAAUUAAGACUGAAGAGAUAAGUAAAAGACUGAAUGAACGGAUUUACAAUUGAAUAUUUACCCAAUCCAUAUUUAGUAAGGAUGAUGUUAGAAUAAGAUAAAGCGAACUGUAACUGUUACCCAUUUGUAUGUUAUAACUGUAAAGUGUGCGGAGAAGGGUGGUGGACUCACUGCUAUAGGGGAAGACCCCAAAAGGGGUUUGCACCCCUUGCUGGAAAUUACAAAGAAAUAUUACUGAUUGGCUACUAAACCUAAAAGUAUCUCUUGGAGAAUUAACUGUAGAAUCCAGCGAAUGGUGGGAGAUAUUUGCCAAAGGAGCAAAUCCAGACUUGUAUUGUCUAAACAUGCCCAGCCCAUUCAUAGCAGAAAUAGUUGAAAGGCGUUGCCAAAAGGAGCUACAGGAUCUCAGGUGCAACUCUCCACAAGUUAAAAGAGCAAACUGGUAUUCUCAUGUUGUCCGAAGUCGCAGAGCAGGGCAAUCCCUCCUGAAGAAUUCCCCUGCUGCCGAGAAGAUGAUACCCCUCGUGGCUCGACGCACCCGAGUCGACGAGCGAGGCAGAGGGAGAAAAAGUGGUGGAGGAAAGAGCCUCGCUUAUGGGACAACAAGGCGAUGUUCGCUGAACUGCCAAAAGAAUGGGACUGAUAGUAUUACUGAGUUAUGGCAUUGUCACCACCAGAGAGAGCUUUCAGAAAAGAAAGAAUACCAAAUAGCCAGUGAAACCAAGCACCCGAAUCUGCACACCAUAAUAUGGAUGCUAUCACUGUUAGUAUGUUGUGCUACCGCAGAGCAUGAUAACCCCCAUCAACCCUUUAAGUGGUCCUUGAUCCGAUGGGAAGACCAUAAAGUAUUGUCCUCCAUGAUUACCCCAGGGAAUCCCUCUUUUCAGUGUGAAUUGAAAGAUCUUUUUCCAGUUUGGCCACCUGUAUUCCUUGGGGCCUUUUAUUUUUGUCCUGCCUCAAAUCCCGGAAAACCAUAUUGUAACUAUCCUGGGCAUUAUUAUUGUGCGUACUGGGGAUGCGAAACAGUAUCCUAUGGAUUCCCCCCCGGAGGAGGAAAAGAUCAAUUCAUAUCCGUAAAAUGGUAUCCCUAUGGAUGUAAAGAACCCCAAAUAUGGCAAGACGGAGGGCUAGGACGGCGGGGGAAUUGUAAAGGAAUUUGGAUAAAUGUUACUAAAGGAGACGAUCAAUCUUGGGUAACAGGAAAACUGUGGGGGGCACGAUUAUGGGAACCUGGUACAGACAGAGGGGGACACUUUUUAAUCAAAAAGGAGCCAGCACCACAAGACUCAGAACUUAUUGGGCCAAAUUCUGUGCUGCAGGAAGAACAGGAAUUAGAACAACAAUAUAAGGGUCAAAGAGACAAGAUAAAGAAUAGUAACGCAGCCCCUACUGUUAAAGGAGUUGUAAAACAGGACUAGAGUAUAGUGCAUUGUGGAAAAUAAUGCAAGCUAGUUACCAAUUAUUAAAUAUAACACGUCCAAAUUUGAUACGAGAAUGCUGGCUAUGUUAUAGCAUUAGGCCUCCCUUUUAUGAAGGUAUAGGUAGUACACAAAAAGUACGACAUAUCAAUGGAACCAAUCCAGCGCAAUGCCUUUGGAAACAGAAUAAAACCGAAACACAAGGGGUAACCUUAUCCCAAGUAACGGGUAAAGGGAGGUGUAUAGGAAAAAUACCACCAGAAAAAGAAUACUUAUGUGGAGUAAUUAUGACACAAAGAGAAGAGGAUAAACCUGCAGGAUGGCUCCUCCCUGCAGCGAAUACAAAGUGGGUAUGCAACAAUAUAGGCAUCACCCCCUGUUUAUCAUUAAAGGUUUUUAAUUAUGCUUGAGAUUACUGUAUCCAAGUAACCAUUGUCCCCAGAAUAAUUUACCACUCAACUGAUUAUAUUUACCAGCAACAUACUACUGCAGAGCAUCAUCUAGUAAAAAGGGAACCCUUUACGGCCCUGACCAUUGCAACCCUGCUGACUAUAGGAGGAGUAGGAUCAGGGACAGGAGUAGCCCCCUUGAUAAAUCAGCAGAAAGAAAUGAAGACAUUGCGAAUGUCAGUAGAUGAGGAUUUAGGAAGAAUCGAGCAAGCCAUCGAUGGGUUAGUAAAGUCAGUAAGAUCUUUAUCUGAAGUAGUGUUACAACAUCGCAGGGGUCUAGAUCUUUUGUUCUUGCAACAAGGUGGCCUGUGUGUAGCCCUAAAAGAAGAAUGUUGCGCAUAUGCUGACCACACGGGAGUAGUAAUAGAUACCAUGACAGAAUUAAGAAACCGACUAGAACAAAGGAAGCGAGAAAGAGAGGCAAACCAAAACUGGUAUGAAUCUUAGUUUGAUUAUUCCCCUUGGCUGACUACCCUGCUAUCCACGAUUGUGGGACCACUGAUUUUAUUGAUACUCGGAUUAACCUUUGGACCAUGUAUUUUUAAUAAAUUGAUAACAAUUGUGAAGGGACGCUUAGAAGCAGCAUAUUUAAUGUUUAUUAGAGCAAAAUAUGAAUCGCUACCUAAAGACUCAGAAGAUGAGAAAUUAGAAUGGGCCAGACAGGAAUUAAAAAGAUUCAAUGAACAAAUUUAGGCUGAAAGAAAAAGGGGGGAUUGUAACGGGUUAAUGAUUUGUUCAUUGAACUUGCAAACACAGGAUGACUCAUGACUUUUAAGAGAAUCUUUAAACUUGCAGACACAGGAUGACUCAUGAUUUUUUAGACACGUGUGCUAUUGCUUAACAAGGCUUUUGAGUUUCAGGAAAAGGAACUGUAACUGUUUUCAGAAGAUAGAAGACGUCCUCCUAGCAACAAGAUAACACACAUUGCGAAACCCACAGGAUAACAGAAGAAAAGAACUGCAUAAAACAGGACUGGAAGACCGUAACCGUGCGGCAGUUGGUGGAGCGCAGACUCCCCUGUCGCCCAGCGCUGCAUUUGCUUAUGCCCCGCUUGCUGUAAUUAAUAAAAUUCUAAU